UGAUUAGGUAACGUCACUAGUGUGAUGUUACAACACUAGGCAUAAAACAAGGUGUGGUCAAGAUGGCGUCUCAAUUGUUAAUUGUUCUCAAAUAAAACUACAGUUGUAAAUUGAAGUCGGAUGUUUUUCAUUUUAGAGAAAACACAUAAAACAUGGUGUCAGAAGCGGUUCGCGAUCUGUGUCUUUUUAUUCAUUAAUUCAUUUUACAUUAAGUCAUUGUGAAAUUCAUAGUCAUGUCUGAUGAAAAUCAAAAGCCGAAGAAACUUUCUGGAAUGUCUAGUCCGCAGCCCAUGGUGAUGAACGGUAAUGUCGCACAGCAAUGGAAAAAAUGGCUGCAGUCCUUCAAAUUUUAUCUACGCGCAUCAGGCUUGGAUGAAGAGAGUGAUGGCAGAAAGGUAGCUUUAUUUUUGCAUGUCAUUGGUGAAAAGGGUGUUGAUGUAUUUAAUACAUUUGGAAAAGACGAAGAUAACAUAACAUACGACCACCUUAUAAAAUUAUUUCAAGAUCACUUUGCCCCAAAAGUUAACCUCACUUACGAAUGUCAUAAUUUUUUCACAUACAAACAGGGUGAAAAUGAAACCCUAGACGAUUUUGCUUGUACAUUAAAAUUAAAGUCACAAAACUGUGAACUAGGACAGCUGCAAGAACGUCUAGUUAAAAUAAUGUUUAUAUGUAAUAUGCAUCAAAAAUACAAUUAUAUCAGAGAAAAAUUAUUGCUGGAGGAUAAGCUGGAUCUCGAUAAGGCCUUAGAGUUGGCAAAGGCCAUGCUUGCUUCCAGACAUCAAACGGAUGAAUUGACGGCAGAACAAAGUGCAAUUUUUUAUAAUACUAGUCAGUCACGAUCAAGAUCAAAGUCAAGGAACGUCAGUCAAUAUAGUCAACAGUCAAGACAGGAAGUUUGUACAAGGUGUAGUCAGGUGCAUCGUUAUAAGUAUCCAGCAUUAGGUAUAAGGUGCAGAAAAUGUGGAAAAGUCGGUCAUUUUGCAGUCUGUUGUCGGUCAUUUCAGUCAAAGUCAAUAAGAUAUGUACAUUCAGAUAGUAAUAAGCAACAGGUACAAGCAGAACAAGAUGAAUUGUUUAUAGGUCAUAUUCAGUCAUCCCAGUCUUUGUCAAGUCAAGCCAAAAGUCGAUGCUCCGAGGAAGGUACCAUUUGCAUUACAUCAUAGACUUCAACAAGAGCUUGAGAAGAUGGA